AGUCGAGUCGCGCCGCGGCUGCGGCGGCAUGAAGAGCCUCAAGUCCCGCCUAAGGAGGCCGGAAGCGGCGCUGGGCGGAGGCGGGAGCGUCGGAAGCGGCCUCGGCGGGCUGACUGCAGACUGGAACAAAUACGAUGAUCGGUUAAUGAAGGCAGCUGAGCGGGGUGAUGUGGAGAAAAUCGCAUCUGUUCUUUCAAAAAAGGGGGUGAAUCCCACUAAAUUGGAUGUGGAAGGGAGAUCGGCAUUCCAUGUUGUAGCUUCAAAGGGGAAUCUUGAAUGUCUGAAUACCAUUCUUGUACAUGGAGUUGACAUUGUAGCUACUGAUGCAGCAGGGAGGAAUGCUCUGCACCUGGCUGCCAAAUACGGGCAUGCGCUCUGCCUGCAAAAACUAUUACAGUACAACUGCCCAACAGAAAAUGUGGACCUGCAGGGUCGAACUGCUCUCCAUGAUGCAGCCAUGUCCGACUGCCCCUCUAGCAUCCAGCUGCUGUGUGAUCAUGGAGCCUCAGUGAAUGCCAAAGAUGGAGAUGGAAGGACGCCACUGGUGCUGGCCACUCAGAUGUGUCGUCCAAUAAUAUGUCAACUUCUGCUAGACAGAGGUGGUGAUGUCAAUGCGAGAGACAAGCAGAACCGGACUGCUCUGAUGUUAGGUUGUGAAUAUGGCUGCAAGGAUGCUGUGGAAGUUUUGCUCAGGAACGGUGCGGAUAUCACGUUGGUUGACGCCCUUGGCCAUGACUGUUCUUACUACGCACGGAUUGGUGACAGCGUUGACAUUUUGCAGCUCAUAAAAGUUGUGUUUGAGGAGUCCAGCAAAAUGAGCUAUGAAGUUAUGAAGAAAGGGCAGCCUGUAUUAAAGGUGACCAACAUGUUGCCAAAAUGGAGUCUGCCCAGUGCCCCGGAGGAAGCAGGCUUCAAGCCCUAUCAGAGGGAACACCGGAACGUACAGGAAUUGGAAAGGGAGAAUGAAGACUUGAAAGGCAGACUGAGAGAGAUCCAGCAGGAACACCGAAUCCUACUUGAGAGAAUCAAUGGGCUACAGCUGCAGCUGAACGAGGAACAAAUGGUUGCUGAUGAUCUUGAAAGUGAGAAGGAUGAACUUGGGAGGCUCCUGACAGCAAAGGAGAAGCAGCAGGAAGAAAGCUUGCGAGCUCUUGAGGCUCUGAAGUCAAAGCUGAGAUUCUAUGAGAGUGACCAUGCAGUGCCUGGAAGUGUUCUUGGAAACAGGAAAGAAGAAGUUCUGCUUAAGCAGGGUUCAGGAUAUUCUGUGGAACAACAGCACGGAUCUGCUGCCUCGGUAUCCACUAACUUGCAGAGCAGGUCGAUGGUGAGACCUUUGGAACUCUCAAGCCCCAGCCAUUCUUCUUCCUCGGAGGUCGAGCCCCUUAAACGAGAGCUGAGCAAUCUACGCAGCCAUUACGAGGCGGCCAAAGGCGAAACGAGCAGGCUGCAGCUGGAGCUGGCCCACAAAACAGCAGAGUGCCGAGCCUUGGCCUCUGAGUGCGAGAGGACCAAGCAGGAGUCUGACCGGCAGAUCAAGCAACUCGAAGACGCUCUAAAGGAUGUUCAGAAGAGGAUGUUUGACUCGGAAGGGAAGGUGAAGCAGAUGCAGACGCACUUCCUGGCUUUGAAGGAUCACCUGACCAGCGAAGCGGCUGCAGGCAGCAGCAGGAUGGCAGAGGAGCUGAAGGCCCAGCUGAAAGACAUGAAGGCCAAAUACGAGGGGGCCUCUGCUGAAGUGGGCAAGCUGAGGAACCAGCUGAAGCAGAACGAGCUCUUGGUCGAAGAGUUCAGGAGAGAUGAAGGGAGGCUGGUGGAGGAGAACAAGAGGUUGCAGAAGGAAUUAGGCAUGUCGAGGGUGGAACUUGAGAGAAAGGAGAAGAGGCUUCUGGAGGCCGAAGGCCAGCUGAAAGAGUCAGCAGCAAAGUUUCAGAAAAUAAAGAGUUCACUUUCCAGUGAAAUCGAUGAGAGGGCCUGGAAGUUAGCAGAGAUGGAGGGAGAGCGCGAGAAACUGCGUGAAGAGACGGGGAUGCUAAGGGCAGAGCUCGAGAGGCAGAAAGCACAGCUUGCCCAGUCCGUGAAGCCGGAGGAGCACAAGCACCUGAGGAGCAGGUAUGAGCAGAGAACCCAGGAAUUAGAGAGGGCACACUCGGACCUGAUGCUGCAGAGCCAGGCCUUGCAGAAGGAGCUGGAGAGAAAGAACGCUGAGACUGGCCUGCUGAAAGAGCAAAUAGACACACUUCAUAGCGAGAUGAAGAGCCAGUACGUGCCUUUGAAGGCGGCAGAAGAACUGAAGAAAGCAAACAACAGGGCGCUUGGGGAGCUGAAAGGAAAGCUUGUGGAAGCCACUGAAAAGUGUCACGGGUACCAAGCAGAGGUGGAGAAGCUGCUGGCGGAAAAGGUCUGCUUAAAGGAGAACCUGAAUCAACUCCAGGCCGCUUACAUCCCACCAGAAAAGCACGAGGAGCAGAUGGAAACCUUGAAAUCCACUAUCGCUGACCUGAAAAAGCAGCUUGCUGAGCUUGGCCAGAAAUGGGAAGAGGAGAGAGCCAAGGCACGCCAGCUUACAGCUGAAAAUGCUUCUCUUCAAAAGAAGAUGAAGGAGCAGUAUGUGCCAGUUUCGACUCAUGAGGAAAGCAAGCUGGCAUUGAACGGCAUGCUGGAAAAAACAGGACAGGAAUUAUUGGAUCUGAAAGAGAAGAUGGAAGGUAUCAAGCAAGAAUUUGUGAAAGGGAACGAAGAGAAUGGCGUGUUGAAAAGGAAGCUCAGAGUCCUGCAGAACCAGAUUCAAGAGGAAUAUGUAAGCAAGAGAGAUCAUGACGACAGGGUUUAUGCUCUGAAGAGAAACGCUCAAGAGCUCCAGGAAGGCAACUCCGAAAUUCUGGGGAAAUACCAAGCGAAGCAAGAAGAGGUGUCACAGCUGCAUGCUGAGAUUGAAGCCCAGAAAAAAGAGCUGGACAUGAUCCAGGAGUGCAUCAAGUCCAAAUACGCCCCCCUUGCCAGUUUGGAAGACAAGGAACGGACCUUUGAGGCCACGAUCCAAGAGCUGCAGAGUCAAUUGCUGGAACAAGGAAAGCAAUGCAGAGAACAAGAGGAGGAGGCAAAGAAAUGCCAUGGUGAGAAUGAAAAGUUGCGCGCCGGGAUUUUGUCGAUCCAAAACGACCUGCAGCGGAAUUACAUCCUGGCUGAGAAGGCACAUGAAAUGGAAAGGGCCUUUACAAGCAAGAUGGACGACCUGAACAAGGAGCUUCAGGAGCUCCAGCAGAAGUUUGCAGAAAUCCAAUGUGAAAAAGAGCGGCUCCAGGAAGAAAGUGCCAGGCAGCGAUUGGAGGCCCUUGAGGUCCAGAGCCGUCUCCAGGGCCAGUACGUUCCAGUGGAGGAGGUGGAAGCCUUAAAGCAGAUCCUCGGGGGCACCAUUGAGGAGCUCAAAGGAGAGCUGGGCAGCAAGACGGCAAGUUGGCAGCAAGAGCUUCAGAAAACCCAGGAGCUGCAGCAGGAGUUGGCCUGCCUAAGUGCCGCGUCAGUGCCUUUGGCGGAGCACACACGAAUCAAAGAAGCCGGAGAGAGAGAGGCAGCCGUUGCAAAAGCCGCCUUGAGAGAGAAGGAAGAGGAGAGCCAGAGGAGAAGGGAGGAAGUCUCCAAGCUGCAGGCUGAAGUCCUAAGCACAAAAGAAGCACUGAAGGCUUUAAAAAGUCGAGAGCUGGUUGCGCUCUCUGAGCACGAGGCUGCGAAAAGCAACCUGGAAGCUCAAGUCAGCAGCAUGGCGGAGGAGCUGGCAGGCUUAAAUGUGAAGUUUGAGGCGAUGCAGGAAGAGGCUCUGCGGUCCAAAACGGAGGACCUGCCCACCAGGGAGGAGAAGGAAGAGCUGCAAACUAGGAGCUUCAGCAUUGAGCAGGAGAUAAAGGACCAGAAGGAGAGAUGCGACAAGUCCCUGACCACCAUCACGGAGCUGCAGAGAAGGAUCCAGGAAUCUGCAAAGCAGGUGGAAGCCAAGGAUAAUAAGAUAACGGAGCUCCUCAGCGAUGUGGAACGGCUGAAACAGGCCCUUAACGGCCUUUCUCAGCUGACAUACAGCAGUCCCAUUCCAACAAAGAGGCAGAACCAGCAGGCAGAAGUGCUCCAGAGCCAGGUGAAGAGCCUGCAGCAGCAGCUGGCUGAUGCCGAGAGGCAGCAUCAGGAAGUCAUCUCAAUAUAUCGGACUCACCUUCUUAGUGCUGUUCAGGGUCACAUGGAUGAAGAUGUUCAAGCUGCCUUGCUCCAGAUCAUCCGCAUGCGGCAGGGCCUUGUUUGCUAGCGGGGUCGUUGCUGCUGCUGAGUCCGGAGGCAGUCGUACAAAUGUACUAACCUUUCAGGGCUUCUUUCUUACUUAAGCUCUUCCGGCCACCAUUGUGGAA